GUGAAGGCAUGUCUCAUGAAUAUUAAUGACGUGAUGUGACGUCCGAUGAUAAAUGGGCGGAAGUAAUCUUGGCUUGAAGGCUUAGCUCAUUAAUAUUAACUAUGUAGAGUGACUGGAUGCUUCAGAAAAGUAAUUAAGCUUCGUCAUCGACUUAGAGUUAAUAUUCAUUGUAUAAGAAAGCCCGUAAAGUUUCGCUUUAAGCACUAGGUGAUGUUUCACGUCUGUACAAUCCUUAUGUUGGAUCAUCAGUUAUUACAUUGUUAGACUUGUAACUAGAGCUGGAUAUUUUGAUAAAAUGAUCUGAAAGGAGUGACCUUUUUUUAAACCACACCCCUACAUUUUUAACAGGUGAGAUCAAGUCGUCUAUCGUUACUACCGUGUUCCUCUCAGAUUCUUUUUGGCUAGGACACUUGAAUAUUUAUGGCUGUGCCUUUACCUCAUGACAACAGUGAAGCCAUGUUCGGCUGGUUCACAGAAUUCCAGCGCAGCUGCAUUUUGAAGGAUGGAAUUGUUCCAGAAUGGUUUCACGGCGUUAUCUCCAGGAAGGCGGCAGAGGAAAUGCUGAUGAGCAAACCUCCAGGUUACUUCCUCAUCCGUGUUGGUGAGAGUAGGGUGGGAUACACGCUAUCUUAUCGAGCUGAUGAUCGCUGCAGACACUUCAUGAUUGACCUGUUGCCAGAUAACCAGUUUAUGAUAGUUGGUGAGACAACGCCAUAUCGUUCACUAUAUGAGUUGGUGGCAUUUCAUCGCAGAAGCCCCAUUAUGCCGUAUAAUGAAAUACUAACUGUGGCCUGCGAACAGGGUGGCAAAAAUAACUACACCGAGUUGCUUUUUCCCGGAAAGAAAGACUUGCGCCCUGAUGCAAACGGUUUUCUGAAUUCCUUCACACAAGCAAAUGUAUCACCACACUCAAAUAUCUCUGAAAACAACCCGACUUUGGCCUUCCAAAAUGAAUCAUCUACGCUACCGUCAAGUCCUACAACAAGACUUUAUCCCUGCUUGGAGACAGAAUUGACCACUGUACAUCUACAGAGCAUGGAACCGCAACCAAAGCCUGUUAUAAAGCCCAGAACAAUACAUACUUCCAUAACACCAAUCCAAAACAUGCCACCACCGUUACCGCCCAGAGAUUCCUUGCCAAGAAGGCCACUAGCUACAAUGGAGGAAGACAGAUCUGACAGACAACAGAUGCCACCCAACACACCCUGUGAAGACAAUGGAAACAACCGUAUCCAACAGAAACGCCAACAACAGCCAAAACCAGUCAUUAGCCUGGCUCAAAUAAAGAAAAAGUUUCAAAAGAAGCGCAGUCAAUCUGAAGACCACGCAUAUGAAGAGAUAACUGAAAAUGUAUGUCAAGAGGAUGUUACAUUUUCAGAAAUGGAGAACUAUAUUUUGAACCCUCAGCAAGUGAUGGAAAAUGACUAUCAAGAAUUGCCUGAAAACUGUCCAGCUGAAGGACAUCAAACAUCCGAUGGUACUCCUAACUAUGUAGGUGGUGAAUUACCAUUAGAGUACCUAAAUCCACCCCCGUUUGCUCCUGGUUACUAGAUAAAUAAAUAGAUGGGUGGUUCUUAAAGUAUUUAUUUUAUUAUCAUCUAUUUGUUUGAUCACAUCUUUUUGUUGCUAUUACGUUCUUUUGCUUUUUUUGCUCUACUGUCACUUUCAUUUCUGACGUAAUACUGUAUAUUGUUAACAAUGAACAAAAGUUUUACCUCUGGAAAAACCUGUUUGACAUGGUAAAAUAUUUUAAUGUGACAGUGAGUUGUUGUUGUCUUGUGCCUGUGGGCAUGAAUUGAAUUUACUUCACAAUUUUUAUAAAUACUUUGGAAAGUAAAAUAAAAACCCACCAUAACUGUAUUCUUGUCACUCCAUUUGUAAAGUUUGAUA